UUGAAAUAUUGAUUUGUUCGGAACGAAGCUGCAACUGCUCAUGCUCACAGUGCUUUCACUAUCGCUGUAAAGCUCGGAGCUCGAUCGAAAAAUGUUCACCGCCAUGCCACCAGCUUGUUGUUAGCACUAAAAUGUUUAUCACACGUUAAGCUCUAUCGUUGUUUUAUACUGAGAUGUAGUCUAUAUGAAUUGCCGUAAAGGUAAUCUUUCUCGUUGGCCAACUGUUAAACAAAAGGCCUCACCAUUGCGAACAUAAUACCUAUUAUGAUGCUGGGGCGCAAGCAGAGCCUCAAGGGGGAACCCGUCUUGGCCGAUUAUGGGCCAGAGGAGUCCCUCAAUGAGAGCGCUGACAUAGAGUGGGUGAAUAAGUUAUGGGUUAGAAGGUUGAUGAGGUUCUGCGCCCUGGUAUCUUUAGCAUCAGUCUGUUCGAACACUCCAAAGACAUUUGAAAAAGUUCCACCCCUUCAGUACGUUACAUUUAUUUGCGAUUUAGUUGUUACGUUUUUAUUUACUGCUGAAAUGAUGGCUAAGAUGCAUAUUAGAGGUAUACUGAAGAGGGACAAAUCUUACUUGAAAGAUCAUUGGUGCCAAUUCGAUGGGAGCAUGGUGGUCUUCCUCUGGUUGUCCGUAAUUUUACAAAUGUUUGAAAUGCUGGCUUUUGUUUUAAAGUUUAGUUACUAUUCGAUAUUACGGGCACCACGACCUUUAAUUAUGAUACGCUUCCUAAGAGUCUUCCUUAAGUUUUCCAUGCCGAAAGCUAGAAUCAAUCUAAUUUUCAAACGCUCGAGCCAACAGAUAUACAACGUGACGCUUUUCUUCCUUUUCUUCAUGUCCCUCUACGGUCUUUUGGGCGUACAAUUUUUUGGCGAACUGAAAAAUCAUUGCGUUCUCAAUACCACCGACCCAAAGCACAUUACGAUAAACAGUUUAGCGAUUCCUGACACCUUUUGCUCGACCGAUCCUGAAUCAGGAUAUCAAUGUCCAGAAGGGAUGACCUGCAUGAAGCUCGAGUUAUCAAAGUAUAUAAUGGGUUUCAACGGUUUCGAUGAAUUUGCUACGAGUAUUUUUACUGUUUAUCAAGCUGCAUCGCAAGAAGGAUGGGUUUUUAUUAUGUACCGUGCAAUCGACAGUCUACCCGCUUGGCGAGCAGUUCUAUACUUCAGUACAAUGAUAUUUUUUUUAGCCUGGCUUGUGAAAAACGUUUUCAUCGCAGUUAUCACGGAAACGUUUAACGAGAUACGAGUACAGUUCCAACAGAUGUGGGGCGUCAGGGGGCACAUCAGUAACAGUACAGCGUCACAAAUAUUGACCGGCGACGACAACGGCUGGAAAUUGGUGACGCUGGAUGAAAACAAGCACGGCGGACUAGCUUCUCCUGUAUGCCACGCUAUUCUGAGAUCUCCUCAUUUUCGGAUGGUAGUGAUGUGCGCGAUUCUGGCGAACGGCAUCACUACCGCGACAAUGAGCUUCAAGCACGACGAAAAGCCAAGGCACACCUACUACCACAACUAUUACUAUGCCGAGAUUGCGUUCACGACAUUCUUGAAUCUGGAAACGCUGUUCAAAAUUUGGUGCCUGGGAUUCCGAAGUUAUUACAAGCAUUCGAUUCACAAAUUCGAGUUGCUGCUGGCAAUUGGUACAACCAUACACAUCAUUCCGUUCUUCUAUCCUUCUGGAUUCACAUAUUUUCAGGUGCUUAGGGUGGUCAGGCUCAUCAAAGCAUCGCCGAUGUUGGAAGAUUUCGUGUAUAAAAUAUUUGGACCUGGAAAGAAAUUGGGCAGCCUUAUAAUUUUUACAAUGUGCCUACUUGUUAUAUCGUCUAGUAUUUCUAUGCAGCUUUUUUGUUUUCUCCGUGACUUCACGAAAUUCGAGACGUUCCCAGAGGCAUUCAUGUCUAUGUUUCAAAUCCUAACGCAAGAAGCCUGGGUCGAUGUAAUGGACGAAACGAUGCUCAGAACACACGAGACAAUGGGUCCUUUCGUUGCCGUGUACUUCAUUUUAUACCACUUAUUUGUCACAUUGAUUGUGUUAAGUUUAUUCGUCGCUGUAAUUUUGGAUAAUCUUGAACUGGACGAAGAUAUCAAGAAGCUAAAGCAAUUAAAGUUUCGCGAACAAAGUGCAGAGAUUAAAGAAACCCUACCAUUCAGAUUAAGAAUUUUUGAAAAGUUUCCCGAUAGUCCUCAAAUGACGUGCUUACAUAAAGUUCCGUCAGAUUUCAGUCUUCCAAAAGUACGCGAAAGCUUCAUGCGACAGUUUGUAUUCGAAAUGGAAAACGAAGAGAACGAAGGGGCGAAGAAAGUAAACGAAACUUUUGAUUCAAAAAUGGUAUACAGAAAACAACGCCCGGUAAAGAUUUUAAAUAAUCCACCGAAAGUAAGGAAUGUUGUCAUUAAUCUUAAAAAAGCGGCUGUUAGUUACAUUAUAGAUGACUCCAACAAUCAGAGGCUGUUAUUAGGUGAUUCAGCUAUGAUACCAGUACCGGGUAAGGGCCUUUUGAAGCCUCAGGGUACUGUAAACAGUGCGAAACAAUUGCGCAUCGAACAAAAAAAAUCGACCAGAAGAAGUGUCCGUAGUGGAUCGAUCAAGCUAAGGCAAACCUACGAGCAUCUGAUGGAGAACGGUGAUAUCGGAGGUAUAAACAGAGUUAGUUCUUCGCGCAGUAGACCGCAUGAUUUGGACAUUAAAUUGCUACAAGCUAAAAGGCAACAGGCAGAGAUGCGAAGAAACCAACGCGAGGAGGAUUUGCGUGAAAAUCACCCGUUCUUCGAUACUCCGCUGUUCGCGGUACCGCGCGAGAGUAAAUUUCGCAAAAUUUGCCAAUCGCUCGUUUACGCGCGGUACGACACGAACGUGAAAGAUCCGUUAACUGGAAAAGAGAGAAAAGUUCAGUAUAAAAGCCUGCAUAACUUCCUUGGCUUGGUCACGUACCUGGACUGGGUAAUGAUCUUUGCUACCACGAUGUCUUGCAUCUCUAUGAUGUUCGAGACGCCACGGUAUCGCGUCAUGGAAGUUCCCGCAUUGCAAAUCGCCGAGUACGGUUUCGUUAUCUUCAUGAGUAUCGAAUUAGCGCUCAAGAUUCUGGCGGACGGAUUAUUUUUCACACCAAAGGCCUACAUCAAAGACGUCGCCUCUGUUCUGGACGUUUUUAUUUAUGUCGUCAGUCUUGUGUUCCUUUGUUGGAUGCCGAAAAGCGUACCCGCGAAUUCUGGCGCCCAACUUCUCAUGAUCUUACGAUGCGUCAGACCACUGAGGAUCUUUACUCUUGUGCCGCACAUGAGAAAAGUCGUUUACGAAUUAUGUAGGGGUUUCAAAGAGAUCUUACUGGUGUCUACUCUAUUGAUCCUAUUGAUGUUCAUAUUUGCGAGUUACGGUGUACAGCUUUAUGGGGGUAGAUUAGCUCGAUGUAACGAUCCGACCAUCUUGAAACGGGAGGAUUGCGUUGGUGUGUUCAUGCGAAGAGUAUUCGUGACGAAAAUGAAAUUGCGACCAGGCCAAAACGAGAGUUAUCCAUCGAUAUUGGUGCCACGUGUUUGGGCCAAUCCUAGACGGUUUAAUUUCGACAAUAUCGGUCAUGCGCUGAUGACACUUUUUGAAGUACUCUCAUUUAAAGGGUGGUUAGACGUUAGAGAUGUUCUUAUCAAAGCUCUUGGACCCGUCCACGCUAUUUAUAUACACAUCUAUAUCUUUUUGGGUUGUAUGAUUGGUCUGACUCUGUUCGUUGGUGUCGUUAUUGCCAAUUAUUCUGAAAAUAAAGGAACCGCGUUACUCACAGUCGAUCAAAGACGAUGGUGCGAUUUAAAGAAGCGAUUGAAAAUCGCACAACCGUUGCACUUACCGCCCAGACCAGAUGGGAAGAAAUUCAGAGCCUUUAUCUAUGACAUCACUCAGAAUAUCUGUUUUAAAAGAUUCAUUGCGAUUAUGGUAAUCAUAAACAGUGCUCUUCUGUGUGUCUCCUGGAGAAUCGAGGAAGAACACACGGAAGCACUCGCUACGGUGUCCACGAUUCUGACACUGAUCUUCCUCGUGGAAGUGAUCAUGAAAAAUAUUGCUUUUACACCACGUGGCUAUUGGCAGUCCAGAAGAAACAGAUAUGAUUUGCUCGUGACAGUCGUCGGUGUUAUUUGGAUCGUCAUUCAUUGUACAAUGAAGAACGAUUUGUCGUACGUAAUCGGCUUCAUGGUCGUGAUCCUUAGAUUCUUCACCAUCACCGGCAAACAUACAACCCUUAAAAUGUUAAUGUUGACAGUCGGAGUGUCCGUUUGCAAAAGUUUCUUCAUUAUAUUCGGCAUGUUUCUUCUUGUUUUCUUUUACGCCCUAGCAGGCACGAUCAUUUUUGGAACAGUAAAGUAUGGUGAAGGUAUAGGAAGGCGUGCCAAUUUUGAAUCACCCGUGACCGGCGUUGCUAUGCUCUUUCGUAUCGUCACAGGAGAAGACUGGAAUAAGAUAAUGCACGACUGCAUGAUACAACCGCCGUAUUGCACUCCGGCUGCUAAUUAUUGGGAGACCGAUUGCGGCAAUUUUCAUGCUUCUUUAAUUUAUUUUUGUACUUUCUACGUCAUUAUCACAUACAUUGUUUUAAAUCUUCUGGUGGCUAUUAUUAUGGAGAAUUUCUCUCUAUUUUAUUCUAACGAAGAAGACGCUUUAUUGUCGUACGCUGAUAUUAGGAAUUUCCAAAACACCUGGAACGUCGUCGAUAAUCACCAAAAAGGUGUCAUACCGGUGAAACGGGUGAAGUUUAUCUUACGGCUGUUGAAAGGUAGAUUAGAGACUGAUCCGCAAAAGGAUCGACUGCUCUUCAAACAUAUGUGUUACGAGUUGGAAAAAUUAAACAAUGGUGAAGACGUUACUUUCCAUGAUGUUAUUAAUAUGUUGUCAUAUCGUUCGGUCGAUAUACGAAAAGCUCUUCAACUCGAGGAAUUGUUGGCAAGAGAGGAGUUUGAAUACAUCAUCGAAGAAGAGGUUGCUAAACAAACGAUAAGAAAUUGGUUAGAGGGUUGUUUAAAAAAAAUUCGAGCAAGCGGGAAGCAACAAAAUAGUCUUGUAGCCGGUCUUAGAGCCAAUACUGACCAGCCUAUACAACAACAAGAACAUACGGAAGAAAAAAGAAAGGAGGCAGAGAAAGAGGAAGAAACUGAAACAAAGGAUACCGACGGGUCUAAGCACAAAGCAAAGAAGCCAGCAGUUCUUCCAAGAUCGGAUAGUAUAGGCAGUGGAUCAGGCAGAAAAUAUUUAACUCCAACAUUGUCGGAUCCCGCGUCGAUUAGGUCUGAAAAAGACAAGAACGUACCACCUAAAAAACGAAAUAAUAGACCACCGCCGAUGGCAAAAAAUAAUUUGCCACAUCUCACAGAAAACACAGAGCAAACCAGGCAACAGCGGGAAGCUUUCAAUUCGAAGGCGAAUGUACCAAAACCUUCCAGCGUUAUACUAGAGGUUCGAGAAUGGUGGAAAGAACAAUUGGCGUACAGCAGUGAGUCUAGCGAAGAUGAGGUUUAAGUAUGUUUGCAUUUUUUUAAUACGCAUAAAUGAAAAGCAUGGGUAUAAAAAUGAAGCACAUGUCUUUAACAGACUACUUGACAAAAUAUAAAUCAAAUUAAAAAUGUGUUUGUUGCGUGUGCUUCGUUUUUAUUUAUACAUAUACAGUUAAAAAUUCACGAUUCAAUUUGUUAAAACGACAGUUGAAGGAAAAAGGUAUAAAUACGUGCCUGAAACAUCUAUGUUAAAAAGAGGACUUCGAAAAAGCACCUUUAAUCUGACCAUAGGGCAGAGAUGUGAAUCCUGUAAUACGAUUAAACAUUUCAAAAGAUUUUCCAUUUUCUUAAGUCUAUAAUUUUUUAGUAUUAUUGCACAAUUUUAUGAUAUAGUGUUCUUGCGUUGAAAUAUUAAUUUUUUACUGCGUUAUCUUUUAGUAGAAUGUAUAAAUAAUUGUAUUAUUGCGCAAGGGAAGUGUACUAUAUCAGUUUGGUUUUACAUUUCUUAUUGCACUAUAUAAUAUCAUUAUUGUAUCUUGUAAGCGCACAAGUUGUUAAUUUCGUCCUUCUUAUCUCAGCUUGUUACAACAAAUACUCAGGUUCCACAUAGAUUAAUGUUUUGUAGAUUGUACACCGUGUUUUUAGAUAUAUUAAAAAUAAUUUAUUAAUUGUGUUAUACUAUAUAUUUUGUGUCAUUUAUUGGUGUUGAGGUAUGGAAUUUUUAAAGAAUUCUAGAAUUAGAUACAAUAGAUUUUAUACAAUAAAAAAUGUUAAACCAUGGAAGUGCUAAUUAAAAUUAAUCAAAUCGAUGUUGUCAAGGACAACUGUAAGUACAAGAAACAUAAAUGCUGAUUUCUCUUCUAAUAAGAAUAGCUCGGUUGUUAAAAGAUUGAUCUAUCUAUGUAAAUGAAAAUAAUUCAAAUGUGGUAUGAAUUCGUUCGUUUAUAACAGAAACCAUUACGUCCUAAAGGCCUGUAUUAUAAUGAUAAGAAAGUAGCGGACUUUAAUAUUGGCAGUGUAAAGCUUUUUGCAUCUGUUUGUAACCAUAGUUGUAGUGUUUUUGUUAUGGACAUAGGUGUAGAAACACCUAUGAUACAUUCAAUGAUGAUAAUUUUAUCAUACGAAUUAUUCGUAUAAGAAACAUAUUAAAUCAUAAUAUCGUCAGCAUAUUAUUCAAAGUAAAUAUCACUAAACAUACAAAUAUAAGUAAAUAGAAUUUGAUUUUAAGUAAAUACGUUAUAAUUUUUGAAAAAUUAAAAAUUGGCAAGAUUUUGUAACACGAUUAAACAGUUAUAAAAAUAAUAAAAUACGAUCACUGGCAUAAAAUUAGCUAGUAAGCUGAACAUAUUGACGAUGUUACAAAGCUAACAAGUUUUCUAACAAAAUAAUGAAAGCGUAGAUAGAACAAGUUACGUGUAAAAACAAAUGCCUAAGAGACAGCACAACUAUUUAUAGUU